CACACACACAGACACACACACAGACACACACACAGACACACACACAGAGACACACACACAGAGACAGACAGACACACACAGACAGACACACACACAGACACACACACAGACGCAGUCUUACAUAUCGACAGGGAUCUUCCAUCAGCACCACAUUAUUUCAACGUAAAGACGACAUUGCAAAUGUCUCAUUUUCGUUUCUUAUUCGAGUGUGUUAAUGUAGGCGACUCUAAAUGCGCCUUUCCAUGCGCUCCGCUGGUAUAAAAAUUUAAAUUUAAAAUACAAAUUUAACAAAUAUUUGUAUAAUUCCACAAUUCACGUGAUGCGGGAAGAUCUACCUCGCUCCACCACCCUGGACAAGGCAACAAAAAUGGCCGCUGCGGCCCACGACAAAAAAUGGCCGCCGCCGCCGCCUCGUGCCCUGGGGUCCCUCAACUGUGACCACGUGACUCCCCUCCUCAACAACCACCACCACAACCACCACCACAACCACCACCACCACCACCAACCUCCACCUCCACCACCUCAGCAUCAUCCUCCCGCCCCCCCUACUCCACUUCGUCCACCACCGCCUCGUCACCGGCGUCGAAGACGGCAGCCCGCCACCACCGCCUCCGCCGCCACCACCGCCUCCGCCGCCACCACCGCCUCCGCCGCCUCCGCCGGCGCCACCGGCGCCGCCGCCCUUCCCCGCCGAAUCGUUGCGGCCGCGAUCGGCCUCCUGGCGGCCGCGGCGCUGUGGCCCCAGCCGGCCGCGGGCGACUGCUGGCUGGUGGUGGACGCGAGGAGUGGGGUCCAUCGCAAGGCCAUCUGCAGCGAGAACCGCCCACCGUUCACCGCCGUGCCCAGGCAUCUGAACGUGUCGCUUACGGAGCUGCAGCUGUCCGGCAACCAGAUCUCCACCCCGGACCGCUCCUCCCUCUCCCGCUACUCCUCCCUCGUCUCCCUCGACCUCUCGCGCAACUCCAUCGCCGCCCUCCCCGCCGCCUCCUUCCGCCCCCUCGCCCUCCUCGCCCACCUGGACCUGGCCCACAACCCCCUGCGCCUCGUCCACCGAGACUCCCUCCUGGGGCUCGUCUCCCUGCGGGCGCUGAGCCUGCGCGGCGGGCGCCUCUCCUCGCUGCCCGCGGGCCUCCUGCGCCACUCGCCGGCCCUCCGCGCCCUCGACCUGGCCCACAACCGGCUCGCCGCCCUGACGCCCGACGCCCUCGCGGGGCCCCGGGGCCUCCGGCGGCUGCCGCUGGCCGGCAACCCGCUGGACUGCGGCUGCGCUGGCCUCCUGCCCGCGCUCGUCUGGCUCCAGAGGCAGGUCGGGGCGGCCGGGGUCGCGUCGGCGGCUUCGGCGGCUUCGGCGUCGCCCGCCGGCGUGGCGUUCCCCUCCUCCACGUUCAGCGGCACCGGCACCGGCACCGGCACCGGGCUACCGAGAGGCUCCCUGCCCACCAUCGCCGUCCUGACAUCUCCGUCCGGAGGCGGCGGCGCCGGCACCGGCAACCUCGGCGGCGGCAACCUCGGCGGCGGCGGCGGCACGGCCACCCUGCGCAUCCGGAUCCCGCGGCCCUUCUCCAAGAUGUACGUCCUGGCCCGCUACGGCGGCGGGCGUCCGGCGGAGGACCCCGCGGCCGACGCCGGCGACGGCGGCGUCGACCUCCGGAGCCUCCGGCGCCGCUCGGAGCUGGUGACGGUGCGCGGCGUCGCCGACGGCGCCGCGCACACCUUCUGUGUCGUCUCCAUCAAGCUGCACGCUCGCCUCAACCACACCUGCGUCACCUUCCGCCUGCAGGCCGGCGACGUCUUCGUGCUCGGCCGGACCGGCGGCCCCGGCGGCCCCGGCGGCCCCGGCGGACGAAAGCCGCCGGCGGGCGAAACGCCCGCCGGCGGCGCCGACGACUACCCGGGCGGCUACUACGACGGCGGCGACUACGGUGGCGCGUACCCGGACGCCUACGACGGCGCGGGGCUCGACCGCAAGGAAGGCCGAGGAGGAGGCGGUGGAGGCGGGGGCGACGGCGUGGCGACGUCGCCGGCCGGCAGGGCCGUCGCCGUCAUCGCCUGCGCCCUCGGCGCCGCCGUGGUCAUCGCCUUCGCCGCCGUGGCCGCCCGGGGGCUCGUGCGGAGGCGGCGGGGCAAGCGGGCCGAGGCCGUCAAGCGGGCCGCCAUCGCCUUCCCGCUGGCGCCGGGGCACCUCAAGGCCGCCGGUGCCGGCGCCGGUGGCCGCGGCGGCGGUCGCGGUGGCGCGGCGGCGGCGGCGGCGGCGGCGUCCGGGGCCGGCGGGGUGCUGCCGGUGCUCGGCGGCGGAGGGGGCGCCCAGGGGCCGGAGGAGUUGGCGACGGUGGCGGCCGCGGUCGCCGCGGAGCUGUCGAUGCGGCAGGGGCGCGGCGGCGUCGGCGGCGGCGGCGGCGUCGGGGGGGCGGCCGAGUCCCCGGCGAGCAGCGCCGCCUCCGUUGCCGGGGCGACGGAGGCGCUGCUGCUGCUGGCGAGGAGCGCCGCGGCCGGCAAGGCCGGGGGAGAAGCGGAGAAGAGGGGGAGGGGGAGGGGCGGGGAGCAGCAGCAGGGGGGAAGCGGCGGCGGUGGCGGUAAAGAGACCGGAGUGCCGGCCCGGACCAAGAGCACCUACAUCGAGGUGACGGGCUGCGGCGUUGGUUGGUUGGAGUCGGCGCAACCGCAGCAACCGCAGCAACCGCAGCAACCGCAGCAACCGCAGCAACCGGCGCAACCGGCGCAACCGGCGCAACCGGCGGGCGGCGGACACCUGGCGGACAUCGCGGCCAUCACGCAGGAGGUCGACCGAGUGAACGUCAUCAUCAGCUCCUGCAUCGAGUCCAUCCGGGGAGAGGCCAUCGCCGGCUUCCCCGAGGCCGCGGCGCCGGACAGAGAGGGCGCGGCUACGGCGGCUACGGCGGCUACGGCGGCUGUGGCGGUUGAGGUGGCCGCGGGGGCGUCUGCCGGAGGCGGUGGCGCUGGUGGUGGUGGUGGUGGUGGUGGUGGAGAAACGGGGAUAGCAGGGCUCUCGCCCGGACGGUGGAGACCUCCGGAUCGUCGCGACCGCCCCUCCUUCACGAGGGCCGACUCCGAUCCGGGCCACGUGGUUGGGGUGACACAACAACAACAACAACCACCACCACCGCACGGAGCUCCACGACGCUUCUGUUACCACGAACCUCUUGAAGGACAACAACAACAACAACAACCGCCACAACAACAACAACCGCCACAACAACAACAACCGCCACCACAACAACAACAACCACCACAACAACAACAACCGCCACAACAACAACAACAACAACCGCCACAACAACAACAACCGCAGACUUUCAGCCGUCACCAACACCACCAACACCACCAACAACAACAACAGCAGCAGCACCACCAGAGUGCAAUGUCACCUGACCCCAACCACCCUGCCGACCCUACGCAACAACAAAAACAACAACCACAACAACAACAACCGCCACCGCUUUCCCAGCAUGCCUUGCAGCAGCAGCAGCAGCAGCAGCAGCAGCCGAAGCAGUCUUCCUCCCAGCAUGCUUUGCAGCAGUCUUCCCAGCAUGCUUUGCAGCACCAGCAGCCGCCGACGACACCACAGGCGGGGGCCGUCGUCGUGACGGCCAAGUCUACCCAGCAUGCAGUGCAGCAAACCAAACACAGCCACGAUGCACAGCGGCAGCAGCAGGGGGCGGCCGUGGCCACAAAGUCGACCCAGCAUGCACUGCAGCCGGCACAGAGGGCUUCCCAGCAUGCACUGCGGCAGGAGCCUGGCUCGGCGUGGGUGGUGCCGCCGGCGUUCUCGUCGCACCACCAGCAGCAGCAGCACAGCAAGCGGAUUACCCAGCAUGCACUGCUCCAGCUGCGGUCCGCUUCCCUGAGCUGCCCGGUAGCCGGCGGCGACGACGACGACGACGAUGGGGCGGCGGGGGCGGCGGUGGCUGUGGGGGGCUCCUCCGCGGGGGGCUCCUCCGCGGGGGGCUCCUCCGCGGGGGGCGCCGGCGGGGUCAGAGGCGGUGGAGGCCUGCAGGCGGCACCGGUCCACCGCGAGGGUCAGGGGCAGCGUGCCGUGGGGUCAGGGGAUGACCAACAACAACAACAACAGCAACAACAACAGCAGCAUCAACAACAACAGCAGCAACAGCAGCAGCAGCAGAGUCCAUUUCGUUACCAACACCACCACCAGCCGCAGCCGCAGCAUCACGGACGCCGCCACGGCCACGGCGGAGACCCCGCGGACAAUGCUGCGGCGGCCACGACGUCCGGGGUGCUGGGCGCUGUUUGGCGCCGCAUGAAGGCGCCCGCCCAGUGGCGUCGCCCGCGCCAGAAGUCCGCCCAGCUCCACGCGACACUCCAGCAGCAGGGGCAGGGGCAGGGGCAGGGCCAGGGGCAGGGCCAGGGCCAGGGGCAGGGCCAGGGGCAGGGCCAGCGGCAGGAGGAAGGAGUCACAGCGGCGUCACCGCCUGUGGCGGGCGGAGUGGCGGGCGGAGUGGCGGGUGGAGGAGUGGCGGGUGGAGGAGUGGCGGGUGGAGGAGUGGCGGGUGGAGGAGUGGCGGGCGGGCGCGCCCUGAGGGAGAAGGUGCAGCUGGCACGCAACGAAGACCUCCACGACAUUCUGGACUACUGGAAGGGGAUGUCGGGCCAGUGA